AUGGGACUCGUCUUUGGGCACCCUUUCUUCCUGAAGCAUACGAGCCUCCGCGACAACCUUGUCAUCCUUCACCGACAGCAGCACCGGCAGGAGCACGAACAGCAGGAGCAGCAGCAGCAAACCGACGACGACAAGAUUCUUCAAGUCCUGCCCCGGCUCAAGAUAGACGAUGUCAUAGAUCGGCUGGACGGCCUAGACAGCCCGCUGGACGCCAAUCGGCUCUCACAGGGCCGGCGCCAGCUCUUGUGCAUCGCCCGGGCCAUGCUGGCAGGCAAAGGGAUCAUCCUAAUCGACGAGGCGAGCAGCAGCGUCGACGAGCGGUCCGAGCGGCUCAUCAAGGACGUCAUGCGCGAGCAAUUUGCCAGCUGCACCGUCAGAGCCGUUGCGCAUCGCCUCGGUGCCGUCGUCGACUUCGAUCGUGUGGCUGUUGUAUAUAGGUAUCAAAUCACCAAAGUAUAUGACGGACAAUAG